AUGAACGAAAAUUGUCAUACAGACACAAAAUACACAAUUUUGCCAAUUCUUUUAAUGGUAUUAUUUUUAUGUUCUUUUGCUAUUGGUUAUGCUCCUCUUCCAUGGGUUUUAAAUGCUGAAUUUUAUCCACUUUGGGCUAGAAGUACUUGUGUUUCAUUAACUACUUUUUGUAAUUGGGAAUUUAAUUUAAUUGUUUCAUUAACAUUUUUAACAUUAACACAAGAGGCGACAAAAUAUGGUAAGGAAAAAAUCACAGAUUUAUUUGGAAAUAAAUUUAAAAAAAUUUAAAAAAUAAAUUUAUUUAUCCCUAAAUUCCAUUUAUUUAUUUUUACAAUUUAUUUUACAAAAAUUAUUAUUUUUUACUUUCACCAAUUUUCACCCUUUUUAGGAGCAUUCUUUAUUUACGCGGGAUUAACGGCUAUUGCUUUUCUACUUUUUUAUAAAGUUGUUCCAGAAACUAAAGGUCUUAACUUGGAUGAGGUCCAAUUAUUAUUUAUGUCUAAAAAAGAACGUCAAAGAGCUGUUUCCACACUUCAACAAAUACCUAUGUCUAAAAUAGAAAAUAAUAAUGGAUUUAAU